AUGGAGGACGACCGCCCGAGUGCCGCCCAGGUCGACAUGGAGGAGGCAGAGGAGGAUGCGCUGCCCGACUGGUCUCGCUUUGCGUCCUUCGCCAAGUCGAACCGCGACAAGUCGGAAGGCGCCGUCCUCGUCCCGUUCAUCCCCAAGCGCGGCGAGAAGGACUUUGAGCCCAUCACCUCGUCCGACGCCUUCCCGCCCUCGAGCAAGGAGGCGACCCUCUCGGCCCACCAGCGCCAGCUCCUCCAGGACUCGCGCAACGCCCUGUACACGGCCCUGUCGUCCGGCUCCCGCCACCACUCGUCGCGCGCGCACAACGCCUUCACGUGGCGACCCGACCUCGACGGCGGCCGCGCGACGUGCGAUGCCGGCAACGCGUCGUAUGGCAUCCACUUCAGCAAUAUCGGCCACUUCAACCAGUUCCGUAAGCAGCUCGAGCUGCUGCCCGAGGAGGCGCUGUACAUGGUCGAGCGCGGCGCCGUCGAGCUGUGGCGGCAGGGCGACGACGGCUCGAGGGUGCCCAUGAGCGUGCAGCAGGCGUGGAACGAGCUCAUCGGGCACGACGAGCUCACGCCCGAACGGUACCAGGUCUACGCCUUCCUGCGGCGACUCGGCUACGUCCUCACACGCGCUCGCCCCAUCGCCGGCUCCGAGCGGCCCGCCUUCGUCAAGCCCACCCCUAUCUACCGCACCGUCCUCGACUACCUCUCGAUCCCCUUCCUCUCGACGCGCGACCUCGUCCUGCGCCUCACGCACGCCGCCAAGGCGCUCUUCCGCGCCUCGCCCACGACGGCCAAGCGCAUCCGGCUGCACGUCACGCGCGCGGUGGGCAAGCGCGAGGGGCAGAUGGCGUGCUUGGCGGCCGGCGGGAGGUGGACCUCUUACGACCAGAUCUUUUCGCGGCUGCAAAUCAUCCCGAGCGGGCACGACCGCGCCCUUCCUCGCGGCCCUGUCGCGCACGAGCCGUCCGUCUUCAACCCGCUCGUGCCCGUACCCGAGGCGAGCCGGCCCGAGGGCCUGCCGAGCCUCGAGGAGUUCCCGUUCCAGCCCUUCUUCCACGUCUACAAGCCCGUCACCAAGUACAAGAAGAGCUCGCCGCCGCCGCCCGACUUUAAGCUCGUCGUCAUCAACGGCGCAACGACGCCCAUGCCCGACCUGUUCGAGUUCACGGCCAUGUUUGAGACGUCGCCGUUCCCAGACGAGCCGACGCCCUCGUCGUCGGCGCCUCGUGCGGCAGUCGCCACCGCCGCCAAGUCUCGCGCACCUCCUCCUCUACGAGGCCCUCCCCGCAACCCGCAACCCGCCGUCGCACCUGCGCCUCCCCCAACUCGGCUCCAGUCCCUCCUCGCCUCGGUCCCGCUCCUCCCUCGCCUCUUCCCCUCGCUCGCCCUCUCGCCCACCCCGACGACGACCGGCGCCGCACGCCGUGCGCCGCGCAAGCCGUCGCCGUACCCGCAGCUCAAGACGGGGCGACGCACGAUCCUGCUCGCCGUCGUCGACAACGGGACGAGCAGCCUGCUGCGGUUUUCCGAGGCCGAGUUUGCCAAGCUGCCGUGGGUCGGGACGGCGAGGUCGAUGUAGCUGGCGGUGGGUCGUCGUCGUCGCAAUGCAGGGUCGGGCGUGUUGUACCAGU